UACAAUAUGACCAGUAUUAAAGAGCACAGCAAUUUACAAGUAAAUACCAUUUUACAAGAGAAACAAGAACAACUUGCUCUAGUUUGAACGAAUUGAAGAAUAAUAACAACAUAAUUUCUAAAGGAAAUUGUUGUAUAAAAUGAAUAAAAUAACAUCUUAUACCAUAAAAGAGAUACACAAAAUAUAUCGAGAUAAAUUAUUAACACCGACAAGCUUUGUAGACUUGAGCCUUCAAAGAGUAAAACAAACCAGUGAAUUAAACGCUUUUGUGACGGUAACCGAGAAAGAGGCGGAAAACCAUGGUAUUGAAAGUGAAAAGCGAUUCUAUAUUGACAAGAAAUCCCUACCUUUAGACGGCGUAACAAUUGGACUGAAAGAUAAUUUUUGUACUAGGAACAUUACAACAACAUGUGCUUCAGAAAUGUUAAAAAAUUUUACCCCCACUUAUGAUGCUACUGUCUAUGCAAGAUUGCGAGCUGCUGGGGCUUGUCUUAUCGGCAAAUGUAACCUAGACGAAUUUGCAAUGGGUGCUGGGACCAUAGACUCUAUUUUUGGGCCUACUCGCAAUCCAUGGGGUUAUAAUAAAGAUAAUGAUAACUGGAGAAUAGCUGGUGGUAGCUCUGGUGGUAGUGCUGUGGCUGUCAGCUCUGGGUCAUGUAUUGCUGCUAUAGGUUCUGAUACGGGUGGCUCAACUAGGAACCCAGCUGCAUUAUGUGGUAUAGUUGGCCUUAAGCCCACAUAUGGUCUCGUAUCUAGAUAUGGAUUAAUUCCUUUAGUCAAUUCUAUGGAUGUUCCAGGAAUAAUGACUAGAACUGUAACAGAUGCAGCAUCCAUACUAAAUUGCAUAGCUGGGCCUGAUUUACUAGAUUCAACAACAAUAAAAAAGGAAUUUAAUUAUAUAACACUUACAGAUGAUUUUGAUAUGUCUAAUGUAAGAAUUGGAAUACCUAAAGAAUAUCAUUGUGAAGGCAUGAGUCAAGAGGUCAUUAAUGCAUGGAGACAUGUGGCUGAUUUGCUUGAGAAGGAAAGGGCUGUAAUUAAAUCUGUGUCAUUGCCGCAUACAUCAGUUUCAAUUGCUGUUUAUUCAAUUUUAAAUCAGUGUGAGGUAGCCAGUAAUAUGGCGAGAUAUGAUGGUUUAGAAUAUGGGUUCAGAGCACAAGAAGAAUAUUCUACAGAAGAAUUGUAUGCAUCAACAAGGUCUAAAGGGUUUAAUGAUGUUGUGCGCUGUAGAAUAUUUGGCGGAAACUAUUUCUUGCUUACAAGAAACUAUGACAAGUAUUUUAUAAAGGCACAAAAGUUGAGAAGACUUAUAUCCAAUGACUUUAAAAUGGUUUUCCAAGGGGAUAAUCAUGUGGAUGUAUUGUUGACACCUACUACUCUGUCAGAUGCACCUCUGUAUAAAGAUUUUAUGUUGAAACAUAAUAGAGAUCAAUGUGCCUUUCAAGACUAUUGCACACAACCUGCAAAUAUGGCUGGUAUUCCGGCCAUAUCUAUACCAAUCUGUUUAUCAAAGAAUAAUCUUCCUUUAUCAGUACAGCUCAUGGGCCCUUGUUUAUCAGAAGAGUUAUUGCUGAAUAUUGCUAAAAGAAUUGAAAGCAUAGUUAAAUUUCCUACUUUAAAUUCAUAAGUGUGUAUAUAUAUAUAUAUAUAGAAUUGUUAAUAGAGUAAAUUAUAAGUAAUAUAUAGUAUUGUUUGGUAAUGUUAUUAUUUUAUUUCACAACGGCUGUGACCUUUCUCUGUAUAUCUCUAUGGAAAUAUGUAUAAAAUAUUUUCGUAUUUAACAAAUUCAUAUAUCAUACACGUAAAUAUUCUGAACAACUACCAUUGUCACUUCAAUCUUAUCAUCAUCCUCUGCUGUAGCACUUUGACACACUAUCCUUGAGAGAUAUUGAAAACUCUAUAAACAUCUUUUUGAUGUUCUAAGUUUCUAAGUACUUAGGAUUUGACUUUAGAAGUAACAUAUUUUACUGACCUUUAUAAUUAUUUUAUACUUACUAAUUUUUCUUUCUAACUUUAUUUUUCUAAAUAAUAAUUGUAAAUUAUUUUUUAUUAAAGAACAAUAAAUACUAUAAUAUUUUCAAUCUUAUCAUCAUUCUAUGCCUUAGCACUUUUACACAAUGGUUUUUAUGGUCUGACUACAUAUUUAUUUUAUAUGCAUGUUUUGCACACAAGUGUUUGUAAAUUAUUUACAUUAGGUAACAUAUUUAUAAUUAAUU